GAGGGCGCCGGAGACUGUAAGAUACACAGAGUAAAGAGGUGCACAGGCAAAGAGCAGAACCUAAAAGUGUGUGCUCGUCUCUUUAUUUAAAUAUAGUCGAGAUACAGUUACAUUUAUGUAAUUAUGUAGUGUUUAGAUUACGUUGGGGUUUCUCUGUCUUUUGUGUGAAUGCUGUGGGGUGAAUCUGACGAAACUGAACGUCACACAGUUUAUAUCGAAAGUGUCAACAGAUGAAGAUAACGAUCGUCUCCUCUUCAGUUCUGAGACUGGAAAGACCUGCAGCAUGGCCUGUGCACAACAAUCUGCUGCUGAGUACCUGCGAACAUGCAGGUGUAAACUGGUGACUCAUAUGCAAAAUUAUCCUCUCAUCAUUGAGAAUCUUUAUCAGCAGAAGGUUUUCAAUGAUCAUGAUGUUGAUGCUUUCAAAGCAGAGAGGACAGAGUUUGAUAAAGCCAGAUGUAUACUGGACAGAGUCAUUAAGAAAGGGCAAAAGGCCAGUUAUGAAUUACUCAGGAUUUUGGAUUUCACCCGGAGGAGGACUCUACAUCCUGAUUUACAUCACUGGAUAAGUUGUUUUUCUUUCAGGGAAGAUGCAGACACUGUAUACUUACUUGGGACAAAGCCCUGUCAAAACUACCAGAUACAGCUGAAGAAGAAAGCAGAAGAUAUCCUGAAGAAACAGUGGCAACAGAACGGCAAAUAUCUGCAAAACAAGAAAGAAGCAAACUUCAGUUACGUACCUCUUGUUCUAGAGACAGACGCUGUGGUGAAAACUGCUCACUGCAAAAUAAAAACAAAGUGUAAAAAAUUUAGAAAACUGCGUCCCAAAAAGCUGCGAUCUUACAUCCCUGAUAAACAACAAACACUUACACCUGAAGAUCUGCUGAAGUGGAAAAACAAAAACAUCCUGCUGAUUGGUAAACCUGGAAUAGGAAAGACGACAGUUGUCCAGCAGAUACUAAAAACUUGGACAGAUAAAGAUGAUAAAGGGCCAGACUACAUGUUUUACUUUGAUGAAAGUGUUUUGUUUAACAGUUCAAAGCGGAAGAACUUAGAAUCCUUUUUGUUUGACAUGUAUUUAAACCCAAAUGAGAAAGACAGAAGAGAAAUAUUUCAAGAUAUUGAGGAAACUCUGAGAAUGUUGUCAUUGUGUUUGAUGGCAUCAGUUGUGUGCACAAACAUUUCAUCCUGAAGAAGAUCAUGAGCCGUGAACUUCUACCCGAGGCAAAGAUCAUAAUAACAUGCAGAUCAGAGCUGGAAGAUGAUCCUGAUGAUUUUGACUGGCACUCACGGAAAGUGUAUGUUCAGGGAUUCAGUGAAGAAUCUAUCAGAAAAUACUAUCAGAUGAUGUUGGGUCAUAAUCCUGAUCUUCUGAAUGUUGUGUUGAACAAUCAAGAGCUGUUCAGUCUUAGCUAUGUGCCAAUGUAUGCGUUCAUGACUGCAGUCUUCUUUCUGUUUAAAAAUGACACAGAGCUCCAACAUUCACACACAGUGACGGAAAUGUACAUCCACAUCUUACGUGAUGCUUUGAAGAAACAUGGGAGAAAAACACUUGGACAAAUAGAUCAAUAUAUAAGUGAGAUCAAAGAUCAGCUUUAUCCUCUGAUGAAAAAUGCAUUAAGUGCGACUGAGCAGAAAACCCUGAACCUUCCAGAGAUCAGCGGUGAUCAAACAGACAUUUGUUCUGUGUUUCUGAAAACAAUCACAAUAAGAGACAGUCCAACAUCUGCAGUGACAUACUAUGCAUUUCUUCACAACACAAUGCAGGAAUUCUUCUCCGCUUUGUGGCUUCUUGGGAAUCCAGAUGACAUUGAGAAAGUCCUGAAACUGUGUCAGACUGAGGAGAAUAAACACAUGAGAUAUGUUCUUCAUUUCCUCUGUGGACUUUUGGGAGAACACAACAUCAAACUCCUCAAGAGUCUUUUCCCAGAGGAUCAGAUGAAGAAAACAUCAGAUUGGUUGAUUAAGAAACUUUUGGACACUUUCCUUCAGCCUCAGAAUGAUGAUACAGACAUUGAUCUUCUGUAUGUGUGUCAGUGUUUGUAUGAGCUUCAGUCAUCUAAAGCUUGUUUAAUGUUCCUGGAGAAGAUGAACCAUCAGUUGGACCCUGAUGUGAAUCUGGACCCCCAUCAGUGUUGUGCUUUGUCUUAUGUGAUCAGUCAAUCCAGAGAUAAAGAGGUUUAUCUGAAUUUGGAGGACUGCACCGUCUCUGACACAGGAAUGAAGAUGAUUCUCUCUUGCUCAUCACAGAUCAGAAUAAAACUAUGGGAUAAACCAAUAAAGCAAAUUAAAUUUUUACUAGAAUUCUUCCAUAAAGUAUCACAGUGCAAACAGCAGAAUGAUGGGAUUACAACAUCAUGCUGUUGCACCUACUUUCAUCCAGAACUCUAUAACAGACCAAAUCUGAGCAGAGCACUGCUGGAUCUUUGCUCACAUGUGAAGGACUAUGAGACUCAAACAGGCAGGAGUUUACUUCCAGCAUUACAGUCAGUUUAUCAGUCACCUGAUGUCUGGAUCAUAAAUUUCUCAAAGAGAAAGACCUCCAUCCUCCUGGAAGUGCUGAAGCUUCAAACAGAGAAGAAACCAGUAGAGCUGAGAGACUGCACAGAUGAAGAGAGUCAAUUGAUUAGUUUACUUCACUGUCUGCCAUACAUCUCACAACUGAGAUUUUAUGUUGAUGAUACAAGCACUGUGAUCAAAUUUGUGUUGAAUCUCUUCAUUAAAGCAUCAGAAACUGAGGCACACACAGGAGAUCAGAUGUUGAAACUGUUGACAUCAGUCUGCACAUACAGAUCUUUUCCUUAUGAACGGAUUAAUGAUGGUGCUCAGAGCGAUUUCCUGUUGGAUCUUUACUGUCAUGUGAAGAACUAUGAGAGUCAAACAGGCAGGAGUUUACUUCCAGCAUUACAGUCAGUUUAUCAGUCAGCAGCACCUGAUGUCUGGAUCAUAAAUCUCUCAAAGAGAAAGACCUCCAUCCUCCUGGAAGUGCUGAAGUUCCAAACAGAGAAGAAACGAGUAGAGCUGAUAGUCUGCACAGAUGAUGAGAGUCAAGUGAUGAUUUUACUUCACUGUCUGCCAUACAUCUCACAACUGAGGUUUGAGUACAGUGAUGAAGAGAUACGGAUAUCUGCAGUAAGGUUUCUGCUGAGGAUCUGUGUUACAGCUGUAAAUAAUGACAUCAAUACAGGAACAAAAUUCAUUACUCAGCUGUCAUCUGUGUGCAGUUACAAAACCUUCCCUUAUCAUGAGGAAUAUUAUGACUAUGGUGAUUACAUAAAAAAAACACAGAGUGAUUUCCUACUGGAUCUUUACUCUCAUAUGAAGGACUAUGAGAGUCAAACAGGCAGGAGUUUACUUCCAGCAUUACAGUCAGUUUAUCAGUCACCUGUUGUCUGGAUCAUACAUCUCUCAAAGAGAAAGACCUCCAUUCUCCUGGAAGUGCUGAAGCUUCAAACAGAGAAGAAACCAGUAAAGCUGAGUUACUGGACAGAUGAAGAGAGUCAAGUGAUGAGUUUACUUUACUGUCUGCCAUACAUCUCACAACUGAGGUUUGUUUACAGUGAUAAUAAGUCUGCUGUGAAGUUUCUGCUGAGGAUCUGUGUUACAGCUGUAAAUAAUGACAACAAUACAGGAACAAAUUUCAUUACUCAGCUGUCAUCUGUGUGCAGUUACAAAACCUUCCCUUAUGAUGAGAAAUAUUAUAAAGAUGAAAUAAACCAGAGUGAAUUCCUGCUGGAUCUUUACUCGGAUGUAAAGGACUAUGAGAGUCAAACAGGCAGGAGUUUACUUCCAGCAUUACAGUCAGUUUAUCAGUCACCUGAUGUCUGGAUCAUAAAUCUCUCAGAAAGAAAGACCUCCAUCCUCCUGGAAGUGCUGAAGCUCCAAACAAAGAAGAAACCAGUAGAGCUGAAAGUCUGCACAGAUGAUGAGAGUCAAGUGAUGAGUUUACUUCAAUGUCUGCCAUACAUCUCACAACUGAGAUUGAAUCAUUAUUAUAUCAGUGAUGCUGUAGCAUUUGUGUCAAAACUCUUCAUUAAAGCAGCAGAAACUGAGAGACACACAGGACAUCAGAUGCUAAAGCAGUUGACAUCAGUCUGCACAUACAGAUCUUUUCCUUAUAAGUCAACUGACAGCAGUAACCAGAGUGAUAUUCUGCUGGAUCUUUACUGUCAUGUGAAGGCCUAUGAGAGUCAAACAGGCAGGAGUUUACUUCCAGCAUUACAGUCAGUUUAUCAGUCACCUGAUGUCUGGUACAUAAAUCUCUCAAAGAGAAAGACCUCCAUCCUCCUGGAAGUGCUGAAGCUCCAAACAGAGAAGAAACCAGUAAAGCUGAUAGACUGCACAGAUGAAGAGAGUCAAGUGAUGAGUUUACUUCACUGUCUGCCAUACAUCUCACAACUGCGUGGUGAUAAGCGCUGUGUGUUAAGUCUGGUUAAACUGGUUCAGUUCAGAGAGAAUCCAGAUCUGGUGAUGUCACUGUUUCAGGCUCUGGACUUCAAUCUCAGUCUGGAAGGAAAAUUACCCAGCAGCACCUGCAGGUUUGUGGGUGAAGUCUUACAUCUGUCAGCGGACAAACUCACUUUCACUGUCAAACCUCAAGCCAUCUCUCUCAGAGGAACAAGACUUCUCUUCAGACGCAUCACAAACAUACACACACUCAGGUUGAGUGGUUAUAUGGUAUUGAGAAUAGUGCGAGCAUUGAGGUCUUCAGGGGUUGGAGCUCCUGUCAGUGUAAAUGAACUCUCACUUGAUCUGAAUGAUAAACAGCGGUCAGAGAUGGAGAUGUCCAGGGUUUUGAGCAGUUUGUCUUCUCUUCUGAGACUCUGGACUGUUCAGUGUUUAAACUUGACUGAAUACAGGAUGAAGUCUCUCUCUUUAACUCUCCUAUUGUGUCAGCACAGCCCAGCGACUCUCAGACUCUCCAGAGAGAUUCUCCAGACGCUGGCUGAAUGUGUGUAUGAAGCCCAAGAAGAGGAAGUAACUCUGUGCUUCCUACAGAAAAUGGGCGGAGAUUUGACUUCCUGUUCCUUCAGCUGGGAAAAACUUCACUAUUUCCUGCAGUGUGGAAUUCCAUCAAUCACUCUUAACCUUGAAGAAAGAAACACGACACUCAACAUCAAAGAAAUACUGCCAUUUCUCAACAAGAUUCACUUUCAGCGGCUGAGCUCCACCUUCAUGUUAUGUUUAAUUCGUGAGAUCUAUGAGUGGAGAUCUUCAGUGUUUGUGUUCAGUCUGUUGAGUUCAGUGAAGAACUGCAUUAACCUGCAGAGCAGAUCGCUGGACUCUGUCCACUGCGCAGCCCUGCGCUUUAUACUGCAACACUGCACUGCAGUUACACUCAACAUGAUGUGGACCUCCAUACCAGAGGAGGAGCUAAAGAGCAUUCAGACUCUCUUCAGUCACGUCUCCUGCCUUAGUGUUGACAGACGGCUGUUAUUGAGAAUGAUUCACUGCUGCAGUUCAUCUGAUGUCCAGCAGGAGGCGUCAGUGGUUUUGCUCUCUGCCCUGCAGCACAAACUGGACUUCACCUGUGGUUCAGCACUGGACCUGACAGAAGACACAGAGACUCUACAACUGACUGCUGAAGACUGCCGUGUGAUAUCUGCAGUCAUUCAGAGAGCUUAUAAAGAUACACAAACCCUCACACAGCUGAGUCUACACGACUGUGAGAUUAAUACAGCUGGAAUCCAUCGACUCUUCUCAGUUUUACACUCUGUUAAACUCCGCUGUGAUAAAUGGAUGCUGCUUCAGUUUCUCUCUCAUGUGGGUCCUGGGGAAGCUGAAUCUCUUUCUCAGGCUCUGGGUGCAGAAGUGGAUCUCAGUCAGACUCAGCUGGACCUGCAGGUCUGUAGAGGACUGGCGCUGGUUCUGGAUCAUUCUGAAGGUCUGACAGAACUGGAUCUCAGUCAGUGUCAUCUAACUGAUCAGAGUCUGGAUCUCCUGCUGCCAAACCUUCACAAAGCAGAAAUCAUUGAUUUUAGUGGCAAUAACAUCACUGACGCUGGGGUAGAGAAAAUCUACAAUAUCGUCUCUCAGUACAGUAACAUAAAGACAGUAAGGGCUCUUCAACAACAGAAUUGAAGACAAAAAGCUUUUCAUUACAGACCCACAAUUGGAGAUCUGGUGACAGGGCCGGCCCGAGGCAUAAGCGAACCAAGCGGCUGCUUAGGGCCCCGCUGGCCACCAGGGGGCCC